AACAUUCUUACUACAGUUCGUGACUUAGUGAUGCAGACGUCGUCUCGUUUGUUGUGUACAGAGUGGUUCAGGAAGAAAAGACAGCUGUAUAUAAUAGGAGGACAGAUUAAGUGAAGCGUAAGGAAUGACGGAGAAAGAUUUGCCUUCUUUAAUUGCAGAGCAACGGCAUUUAAUUGUAGAAAAAUCUAUUAUAUUAGACCUCCUCAGAAAAGUGAGGGAUGAGAUGCACAAAUUACAGAUUGAACAGUUGCAGCUGGACAGCAUGAUAAUGACAGAAAAUGGGUUACUCAGAGAAAAUGGAAGCAGAAAAAGAGACAUCAAUGGUAGUGCCCCGGCAGAAAGCACAGACAUGGAUUCAGAGAAUAUUAAUGAAGAGAAGUUGGAUCUGACUGUUUCUUCUGCUUUGAACAAAAUGUUACAUGGUCAAUUCUUUGCUGAACAAGAGGAGGAGGAGGAGGAGGAGGAAGAGGAAGAGGAAGAAGAUGAGAAUUAUACCCAGAAUGUUGUUGAUGAAGAUGAAUUUAUUUUACCAUUGUAAUUCUCAACAUGGCAGAGAAAAUCAUGCAAGGAUGAAGAAAUACACAGAUGUCAACUCGAAAUGCCUCUGUAGGUGAAUUUCAAGUGUUAUAUGCUGAUGGGGCAUAGGAUCCAGUAUAGGCAAGCUCGAUAUACAACAAAGCAUGAUGUACAGUUGCAAACUUCACCUGCACAUGAACCGCAUUUAACAAUGUUCUGACAACCUGAUCACAGUGAUGUACUAACUAUUAACAGCGUGUGGAGAAGUUCUGGUCCUGGAUACAAGAAAUUGCAUGUGAAAGAAGAGGCACUACCAAAAAUUUGUUAUGUAAACUUACGUUUCUGUUCCUUUAAUAUAUUGAAAGUCAUGAAUAACCCCUUAUCCAACCAUCCUUCAGUAUGAUCUCAAAUAUUGGUGUUAAUAAAUAAAGACAAUGGUACUUGAUAAUCUGUAGAUACUUGAGUUAUGCAUAUGAAUACUGCCAAACAGAAUUAAGAGGACAGUAGACAAAUUUUUACUUGUGGAAGUGAUGUAUGAGUUACUUGUAAAAAGCAAAUAGAUUCAGUUAUAUUGAAAAGACUAAGGAACACACUGCUUUCCUGGUGUAUUUUGACAUUUUCUUUUAAUGAAAUAUACAAAACAAACAUUAAACCUA